UCAUCAAAAUGACAUGACGGCAGAGGGUGUAGUUCGGCGAAUUUCUUUAAACAAAUUUAAGUAGAAAUUACAACACACGUGUGAUCUUAGUAUGAAUAUAGUAUUUUGUUACUAAUAAAAGACAUUUAGAAGCAAACAUUAAAAAUGGCCUAUUACUAUAAAACCGUCUUGGAUACAUUUUGGAGUGAGCACAUUUGGUUACCCCCUAACACUACUUGGAAAGACAUAGACCCCGAUGUAGAAUCUAAUAUUCGUCAUGCCGACCACAGGCAUCUAUUUUAUCCUUUGCCGAUGUCAGUUUUAAUGUUACUUUUGAGGUACCUUCUAGAAAAAUAUUGGUUUGCCCCUGUUGGAGUUUCCCUAGGAAUAAAGAAUAGCAAGCCCAAAAAGGCACCAGAUAAUCUCAUUCUUGAAAAUGCUUUUACACUCUCUAAAAAGUGGAAACAUAAACAGAUUCAAGGGCUGGCUAAACAGCUGGACAUGUCCGAAAGACAAGUCGAAAGAUGGUUAAGAUUGCGUAAAGGACAGAAUAAACCAUCAACAUUGAUUAAAUUCUGUGAGAACGCUUGGCGCUGCAUAUACUACAUUUUUAGUUUUACAUAUGGGUUAACAAUAUUGUGGGACAAACCCUGGUUAUGGGACAUUAACGAGUGCUGGACCGACUUUCCCCACCAAAAUGUCACUAGCGAUGUAUGGUGGUAUUACAUGAUAUCUAUGACUUUUUAUUGGUCGUUAUCCAUAAGCCAAUUCUUCGAUGUUAAACGUAAAGACUUUUGGCAGAUGUUUAUCCAUCAUAUAGCUACUAUAGUGUUGAUGUGUCUAUCAUGGAUCGUAAACGUGUUUCGAGUCGGUACUCUCGUCCUGUUGGUGCACGAUUGCGCCGACAUUUUCCUGGAGGCUGCUAAGAUGGCGAAGUAUUCUGGUUAUCAGAAAAUUUGUGAUGCUAUUUUCGCAUUAUUUACGGUUCUGUGGAUCGUAACUAGAUUAGGAAUCUACCCAUUCUGGAUUAUCAGAAAUACGUCUAUCGAAGCUCCCAAAAUGGUUCCCAUGUUUCCUGCCUAUUACAUUUUUAACGGUUUGUUGAUCCUUCUUCUGGUGCUGCACUCGAUUUGGACUUAUUUAAUUUUGAAAAUCGUCCAUAAUUCAUUGAACGCCGGCCAGAUGGAAGGCGACAUCCGAUCCAGUACUGAAGACUAUAGCGAAAAUUCGAAAUCUGAUUAAGAAAAAAAAAGUGAGAGAAUAAAAAAAAAGAAGAAGAUGACAGGUCGCCAGUGAAUAUUUAGAAACAUAAGUAUAUUUAAUAUCGAUAUAAGGUGUUUUUGAAACGCCUAUUACCAACUAGGAAAUGUUUUUUCUUUUCGUAUUAAAUAUGUAUAUUUAUCAAUACGUUGAUAUGAUAAAACAGUCCUUAGAAGAAGAUAGAAUAACAAAUUAUUUUAAGUAGAUUUUUAGCUCUAUAUACUUUUCCAAGCGUUUGGACGAUGAUCUUGAACCGUUGUCUGCUGAGCCAUUGUUUUGAGUGUGGAAAUAAAAAAGUCACUGGAGGCCAAAUCCGGUGAAUAAGUUGUGGAUAUUGUAAUCAUUCGAACUUUAAUUCCAUGAUUUUAGCUAUAGAAACUGCACAGGUGUGAACCCAUGUAUUUUUCUAAAUAAACGUGUCUCGCUUCCAAUCGACAAUAAAAGUGAAACCAUAUAACUGAGACUUGGUCAGCUGUCUAGUGAAUAAUUAUGCUUAAUAAAAACAAACUAUUUUCGAUGAUAUGAGUGCUAUCUCUUCAACUUUCUCAGGUAUUACUGAACGAUCCUCGUGUUUAUGAGUCCUUCAAAAUUUCGUUUUUCUAUAUAACUUCACUGUGUGCCAUGAGGCUAACUUCCUGAUAGAAGAGAAGAAUAAAUGAAAAUGGUGCAUUGAGUGAAUAAUGAAAAUUUGUAAAUACAUAACUGAAGCAAAAAUAUUAUCGACGUAUUGAUAAAACAGUAAGGAGAGUUUUGAUAAUAGAAUGACAUUAGUACUGAGUUUUUGAUAAAAAAGAUUACAUAUUAAAAAAAAAUAGUUGUUUGAAAAAAAAAACCGUGAUGAAAUGAAUUGGUUAUUGCCUUUUAAUCUAAUGCAAAAAAUUUGUAAAACUGUUUUACUAUAAAGAUAAAUAGUUAGUAUACAGGGUUGGGUAUAAUUGGUGAAUACCAACCAGAUUUCUGUCUUUACUGAACAAAUUCCGUAAAAAUACUCAAAUUUUGUUUUUUAGUUGUAGCUAAAAUAAUUUUUUUUUUUUAUAUUUUUUCAUGUUAUCACUAUUUUUUUUUAUUACAAACAAAAGAUAGCAAUUUGUUACAUCGUUUAUAAACAAUAUAAAUAAAAAGAGCCCAAUGUGGGAACGUUGAGGAACACCGGACGUCAUUGAUGUAUAUCACAAGACAUUGAGUCAUAAACCAAAACACGCCGAAAGCGAUCAGUUAAGAAAUAUUUGAUCCAUUUUCGAUAGUUACUAGAAAUGUCAAUUUAAGAAAGUUUUUGACAGGCCCUACUGAAUGAUUUAUUUUUUCUUGGGUAUUGCCGAUUAACAAGUAGAACUGCGAUAGCUUUAUAAAAAGCGAAUGUGCCUUAAAUCCCACUCUGCGUGUCAGAGUAGACGGAUGAGAUCGGUUGGCGUCAUGGGAUUUCCAAACGCCUUCUUCUGUUUUAUCUCUCCUAUUCUCGCUUCAUAUGAAUAUUCUUCUUUUCGUUGCUCCUCAUAGUUUUACACUAUACCCAUCGAUUUGAAGACGUAUUCGAGAUAUCACGUUGUUAUCACUUUUUUUAAAUGGCAACACCGUUAUUUGAUAGUACUGAUUAAAAGAGCACAUUAUUCUCUUAUUGACGCUUAAUUUUCAAGAAAGAAAUUUUUAUUUGGUAUUUUUAUCUCGAAAAUAUCAUCAAGAAAUUUAGUGUUCCUAUGCAAAAAAUGUAAUAUUUUGAUUGGUAUUAUCAAAAAAGUGUUUCCAUUCAAAAAAACAUAAAAAUAUAAUUAUAUCAAAAAGAGCAUAUCUAAAAACAAAAUCUACUUAUUUGAGAAUGUUAUCGUAAUUUGUUCAAUAAAGCAAAAAUCAAAUUUUCCGCGAAAUAUGCCCAACCCUGUAUAUUUAUACAACCUUAAUCAAUUAACAUAUCCCACAUGAGUGAGUAUUAGUUGGCAAAAAGUAACCCAGAGCUGGGCAGUACUUGAGUAAAUUGUACUCAAAGUAGUCAGUAAUUUGUACUCGUAAGUACUUUUUAUUUCUUCAGCUGACGAGUAACGAGUACGAGUACCGAUAUGCGCAUACAUAUUAUGAUUCCACCUUGGAAAGGUUAAACCAUUCCAAUACCCCAGAGCUUUUAGGGUUAUGGUUCCUUUGGCUUCCUACAAAAAUUAAAAAAAAAAACUAAAAAUAAUACUAAUCAAUAAAUAUUGAAUUUGAAAAUAUAUAUAUAUAUCUUCCACUUUGCUUCGGUUUUUUUGCUCCCUGUUCUUCUGCUUUCUGCUCUAGCUCCUGUUUUCCUGCCUGGUCUCCUCUUGCCGUUUUACUUUCUUAUCUUACUCCUGACGAAUUGAAGACACUGGUGCAAAAAG